CCUAUUUAUUAUAUUUGAACCUCCCUCUGGAGACACAGACCAGCCAGAAGAAAAAUUGUUGGCUUUCGCGGAAGCGACGACACGAGCGAAAGAGAGCGAUAAUAAACGGGACAAAAGGGGGAGGAGGAGGAGGAGCCUCCCCGUCGGAGUGCAGUAUCUAAUAUUCUCAUUCCGAAACAGCAUGGCGAUGGCUAGUGUAUCCGGUGAUGUAGGAGCGGAUGAACUUCUUGCAGGUGCUAGUGUGUUGUCACGGCCUGCAGAGGAGUUUGGCAAUGAUCCAUCAGUUGAAAUUGUAUGGGCCGUGAAGGCUUUUGAACAUGCAGAGGUUUAUUUUAAUAUACUAUGUUCAGUUGAUCCAAAAUUGCUGAAGCUAACCCCUCAUGACGAAGAUAUCUACAGGGCUUUCCGAGAAGAAUUUCCAGAUAUCAGGGUGGAUAAAUUGGAUGAAGACCAGUUAAAAAGCCCUGAAGCAAAAGAGAAAUGGAGACCAUUCUGUGAGAAGUUUAAAGAUGUCGUGGAAGACUAUAGUUUUGGAACCCUCCUCCGAUUAGAUCACAGUGGAGAAUACUCUGAACAGAACAGCAUCCUCGUCACUAGAAUACAGUUUUACGCCGUUGAACUGUCGCGUAACAGGGAAGGGCUCAAUGACUGUAUUCGAAGCAAAUUCAAACCUCAAAAAUCAUCCAAGAGCCAGUGACCGUGAAGUGAGUUAAGAUGGAGGCCGGAGCUACACAGGCAAUUUUCCUUCCUACUCUUAGCCUUUUCGGGCGUUGCUGCGUGGCCGCGGUGAACACAGUGCUGCCUCGCUUGACGGAUGAAGUCAGUGAAGUGAAAGGAUUGGAAAGCAACAGUGUUUAUGUGUGUAGCUGACCACACUGGAAUUACAGGAUCGUUAUACAAAACAAAGAUUUGCAGAAAUAGACUGGAUCAAAAUGAUACUGAGAUUAUUACUGAUAACAUACAACUUGUGUUCUUAAUUAUGUAUGACCGCGAUGGAAUCGCGUGAUUAGAGGUAUGAAUCAGAUAUUUUGUAAGAGUUCAGAACGAACUUUUCUAGAGAAAAAUUUAAGUAAAAACAGUCUGAGGGGGCAGGUAAAAUGUUUGCUGCAGCAGGUUUGAUUUAAUGUACUAACACUUCGUCUAUAUCGCUGAUACUACGAGUUACUUCGUAUUGUGUGCUGAUUUUGAUACAUCUUUCACUGCUUCAAACCAGUAAACAGUAGCUGAAUCAGCAUCAUAUUCUUUGCAUGAUCUCCAAAAGGCAUUUUCUCCUAUGCAUUAGUUAUUGAAACGGCACCGCGCGCUUCUACUGCCCAUUCUCGUCAACCACAGGAUGCUGUGAUGGUCUUUCCGACAUGGUACUGAGUAAAUCAUGUUAUUGUAUUCGUAUGAACUCUACAGAAAUAUAAAUGGAAACAUUGUGAUAAGUACUUAAGCACUUAAACAACCCGUUCAUCGGCUCACGCGAGGGCCCCAGCGUCUCCUCCAUUUCUCUCUAUCCCGUGCUCGUGAUAAGUACUUUGCUUUAAUGUAAGGUUUUUUCUAGGUUAUUUAAUGAUGGGCACUGUGUGACUGCAUCUUUGACUGAUAGAUGGCAGGGACACAACAAAUAUUCCAGAAGGCAUUUUUGGCUUAUUUUAGGAGUGAGGGAAGCAAUUAGAAAUAUCUAGCAGAAUAUGUUUCCUGGUUGGGAUUAAUACCAUGUACCUCCUGAGGUAGAAAAAGAGUGGUAUCCACCACACUUUAACUUUCUAUUUCAUAUUUUAUCAACAAAAUUACUGUAUAAACUCAUUCAGAAUUUGUGUAUAAUAUCCCCCAUGGUUUAUUUUUGUGUUUUGUGGUGAUCUUUAUAGACUUUGUGAUGCAGAUGUCGAGAAAUGUUAACCACUAAUAUGAAGAUAUAGACUUCGAGAAACUGUUGAAAUAGGAAUGUAGUUUACAGGUAAUCCCAUAUUUAAUGAAAGAGUAAUGGCAUAGAAAAUCAUGCAGGUAGAUUCAUAUAUUGUGUAUUUUUUAUUGUUAAAGUAUGUAGACAGCAUGCUCAGUAUUUUUAUAAAAAUCUUUAUUUGUCUAGUUGUCAUAAUUGUUGUUCUCUGACUAAAGGUCUGAAAUGGGAACAAACUUGACCAACAGUCUUAGUUUGUCUUCUUGUCACAAUUUCUUUCUGUCCAAAGACCUGCAAUUGGAGCAAAUAUGAUAAUGCGAUAUAAAUAUAAAAAUUGUGUGAUA